AUGUCUUCAAACGGUACUCAGGAGGCGCCCAUUGAGGUCCGCAAGAUCUGCUGUGUUGGCGCUGGUUAUGUCGGUGGUCCUACUGCCGCCGUUGUUGCUUUCCAGAACCCUCAUAUCCAGGUGACUGUCGUCGAUCGAGACGUCACCCGUAUCCGCCGUUGGGACUCCCGUCACCCCCCUAUCUACGAGCCCGGUCUGCAUGAUAUUGUCCGAAUUGCCCGUGAUGGUGGCCGACCUUUCAGCAUCUCCAACGGUCCUACCUCCGACAGCGAGGGUUCCUCUUCUGAGGACGGUGAGAUUGCAGUGAACGAGCGCAAGCCCAACCUGUUCUUCUCUACCGACGUUGCCAAGCACAUCAGCGAGGCCGAUGUCGUUCUCGUUGCCGUCAACACCCCCACCAAGUACCGUGGUGUUGGUGCUGGCAGUGCCACUGAUAUGACCGCUUUCGAGGCCGUUACUGGCGUCGUUGCUCAGUACGCCCGUGAGGGCGCCAUCAUUGUUGAGAAGUCCACUGUUCCUUGCCGAACUGCACAGCUUGUCGCCGAUACUCUCUCCAUGCACCGCCCUGGUGUUCACUUCGAGAUUCUCUCCAACCCUGAGUUCUUGGCUGCCGGUACCGCCGUCAACGAUCUUCUCUACCCUGACCGCAUCCUUAUCGGUUCCGCUCCUACCCCCUCCGGUAAGCGAGCUGCCGAGGCUCUCGCCAAGGUCUACAACGCCUGGAUCCCUCGCGAGCGCAUUUUGACCACCAACGUUUGGUCUUCUGAGCUCGCCAAGCUCGUUGCCAACUCUAUGCUGGCUCAGCGUAUCUCUUCCAUCAACUCCAUCUCCGCUGUUUGCGAGCAGACUGGUGCCGAUGUUGACGAGGUUGCUCGCGCCGUUGGUGUUGACCCCCGUAUUGGUAACAAGUUCUUGAUGGCUGGUAUCGGUUUCGGUGGCAGUUGCUUCAAGAAGGAUGUUCUCAACCUUGUCUACCUUGCUGAGACUAUGGGUCUUCCCGAGGUUGCCGAGUACUGGCGACAGGUUGUCAAGAUGAACGAGUACGCCCGUGACCGUUUCUCCAACCGUGUCAUCAAGUGCCUCAACAACACUCUUGUUGGCAAGAAGGUCACCAUUCUCGGCUUUGCCUUCAAGAAGAACACCUCCGAUACCCGUGAGGCCCCUGCUCUUGAGAUGAUCAAGACUCUCCUUGAGGAGCGCCCCCGCGAGGUUGCCGUCUUCGACCCUUGCUGUAACCCUCUGGUUAUCAAGGCCGAGAUCAAGGAGCUCCUUGGUCCCCUCGCCGAGGGCCACAACAUCACCGUCCACGGCAACGCCUACGACGCCUGUGACUCCAGUACCGCCAUCAUCAUCGCUACUGAGUUCGACGAGUUCCGCAACCAGCCUCCUCCCCCUCCUGCUCCUACGCCUGCGGUCCAGCCCAAGACCAUUGGCGGCAAGCCCAACCCCAAGUCCGACCCCCGUCCUUUCGAGAAGUCCACCCCCAGCCCCAACGAGCUUCUUGCCCUUCACAAGCACCUUGUCCACCGUCCUGGUGCCGAGUCUGAGGACCCUCUCGACCGCUUUAACAGCGAGCCCAGCUGCGAGGAUGACUGCCCCGACUGCAUCCAGGAGCGCGAGAGCAAGGAGUCUGGCUUCGCCACCGGUAUGGGAAGCUCUGAGGAGUACAAGCCCAAGGAGCGUGUCGACUGGGUCCGCAUCUCUGAGAGCAUGGCCAAGCCCCGCUGGGUCUUUGAUGGCCGUGGUGUCAUCGACUCUCGGGAGAUGGUCAAGCUGGGUGUCCGCGUCGAGAGCGUUGGUCGCCAGCACCGAUUCUAA